AAUUAAACAUGUAAAAGUGAUAAAUUAAAAAUAAAUGUCUCCCUUUUAUUUAAUGUUUAUUGACUAACAUUGAAAGAUGCUGGCAUCUAUAAAAAGAAAGGCCUUUGUUUCUGUUACAUAAUACUCAUUACAACAAAUAUUUGAAUACUUUUGUCCUGUUGGUUGAAAUAGCAAGCAGUUCUAAUAAUAAUAUCUGAUAAUCAGCUGAAAGAAUGCUGAGGGGUUAAUAUUUAGGUGGAGAGGGUAUAAAACCAGAAAUUUAGACAAGUAUUAGAUAAGUGAGGAACACAGCUCAAAAGUAUUUGAAGACCAUUAAUGAAUGUAAGUUAGUCUAUUUAACUGAAAAUAUUAAUAAGAGAAAGUAAUAAAGUUGGUCUGAAUAGAAUAGAAAUUAGGGAAAAGCAGAAGAGAUGAUUGUAUGCUGAAUAAAAUACAUUUAGUCUCCCAGGAAUCUGGAUUUAACUUAUUUUAUCAUGUUUUGGUUUUGCUUAAUUUCCCUCUGAGCUUGAUCAAACACAUACCAACACUAGAGUUACAAAAGUGAUUGCUUUUGCCGUCCUUGCGCUUCUUCUGUACAAUGGAAAGAUCAAGAUGGCUAAAUGACUUUAAUUUGAAUUGUUGCAGGUUGGUUGUUGUUAGUUAAUACCUGAUUAAAAAACAAACAAACAUAAUAUAUGAACAAAGAGUGGGUUCAACAGAGAUAAGUUUAUGAAAAGGGAAAAUGAAAGAUGAAACUUCUGCCCCUAUCUUUUGCUUCCUGGAAAUUUAUCUUUCUAGUUAUACAAUGAAGAAGGAAAAGCAGAAAAGGUACUUCAUUGAGUCGAGUUACAUUAAAGUGUUUUUAAAUAGUUCUUGGGAAACAGAGGCUAUUGUGAUAUCAGUCAAAUUGACAGAAUGCUCAACACCUCAACAGAAAGAUAAUAGCUGAAAGAUGUUAGUAAACUGGUAGAGAAAGUAUUUUUCUUCAAAGUGGUCUUAUGUGAAUGACUGUAAUGGGUGCAACAUCUUUGAAAUGUUGUUUCAUAGUCAAUUGGCACUCAGUAUAUGAUGUGCCUUAUAAAUGGAUAACAAGUGAUCAGAACUUGAGCUGUUGAUGUUGCUCUUUCUUUUUUUUUUUUUUGUUUAUUAAUUUGUUUGUUUUUGUGAGGAUAAAUUUUAAUGAAAGUGGUGAUGCUUCUGUUUAUUAUCGAAGAUUACAGAGAAAUUUGUGCUAAUGAUAACAUUUUAUGUGUUUAUAAAGCAAAAGAUUAGUUUCAAAUUUCAGCUUGAAGGAAAACAAAUUAUAAAAAAAAAACUAUCAAAUUUUAAGACAAUUUCUAGAUAUUUCAGAGGGAUUGUCCAUGAUUUAAAUGUGGAUUUCUCCCAAAUGCAAACAGGGUUUAAUCCACUCCAGGGGCCUCCUGCAGCAUCUGCAGCAACUGCCCAGUUUUAUCCUGUUCCUGCCAGUAGUGCUCAAUAUGGAAUGAUGGCUCCUGGAAUGUUGGCUGGAAAUCCAAUGAUAGCCCAGGGCAUAUACCCUGUCCAGUCUGACGACGCUCAUGAUUCUGGUGAUGAUGAAGAGGGAACGUACAUAGCCACACCAAUGGCUAUUCCUACCACCAUGAUGAGUGCUGGCAACAUUCCUCCUCCGCCACCAUACACACCACAAAUGGCUCAGAGUUUCCAUGCUCAACAAGCCAACCAACAGUUUCAUGCAACAAUGGUUCCUGGUAUUGUCCACGGUGUACUCCCUGGUCAAAUGAUAGCUGGUGUCCCUGUCAAUGCUCACAUUGUUGAAGAUCAAAGAAAAGGGAAGCAUUUUCAUGAACAACAAAUGAAACUGAAACUAUUUGGUCGAUUAGGCGUGGUAUCUUCCGAUCCCGACCGCAUGAUUGAGUCCAUGUUUGGUAAAGUUCCAAAAUCAAAACCUAAAGUUCACAUUCCACAAACAUCUCAAACUGUUACAACUACUAAUACGACAACGACAACAGCAAUUGACAGUGAUCCUGAUAGUUUUGGAGACUUUAUGCAAGGACCAAGUUCUGAACAGUCUGAGAAAUCUUGGAUGGGUUCUUUAGGCUUUUCUUCAUCCUCAUCUGAAAAUAAUCCAGCUAAAGCUCCUCCCCCUGUCAAUGAAGAAGAAGAAGAAGAAACCAAAGAUUUAAUGGCGAUGAUGCUACAGUAUUCUGACCUAAAUGUUUCUCAGAAAGCCAAAACAUUCCAGAACAAAAAGACUUUGAGGGAAACAAACCCAACCAAUGUUAUAACCUCGAAGAGUGCCUCAUAUACCAGCAGUGAGCGAUCUCGUAAGUGGCAAGACGGCGAUGAAAGUUUGUCAGGCCUAUUUAAAGUAGAAGAUCAGCCACCUGUAACACCUGAUGUUAGUUCCAACAUGCAACCUCAGUGUACAACACCAGAUAGCGGAAGUACAACACCAACAGUUUCUCAGUAUCCAAUGGGACCAUUCCAGACACUUCCUUCAUGGUGUUAUUUGGAUGAUGACCAAAUUCCACAUGUCUAUAGACAAGUUUAUGAAGCUUCUUCAGCGAAUGAUUGUAUAAUCACAGACAGACUAUAUCCAAUUCUUCUCUUAAGUGAUCUUCCUCGACAGACUUUGAGAGAGAUUUGGGAAGUAUGUAAUAUGACGACACCAGGGCAACUCAGCAAACAAGAACUCUAUCUUCUGUUAUCUCUUAUUGCAGUAGCACAGAAUAACCAAGGCAUUCCAUCAAUGGAGAUUCUUCAUCAGCUACCUUCUCCUCCGGUGCCAUUUUUCAACCAAGCCUCAGCCACUCAAAUAACACCAACACAGCAGAAUGCUGUCACAAGUUUUGGAGCAUCUUCACCACCAUCUUUUGCCACCCAAGAUGCAUCUUUAGCCAGCGGUGGGACAUUGCUACCAAAUUCUUCAUCUACCGUUAGACCACCCACUUCAGUUCCUUUUGAAAGUACCCCGACAUCUUUACUAGAAACCACGUUUGGGUUAAAUGCUUCCACUCAGCUUAGCACAUCUCAGAGUGCUCCUGUUUUUGGAACGUUCUCUAAAGAAGUUACACAGACAGCCCCGACAGAGAAUUUAUAUGGAGAUGAGGAUUUCGCUGAUUUUCAGGUUGCUCCUAAAAUAACGUCAGAUUCUUUGGACCAAUUUAAUAUGUCACCUGUGACUGAUGUAACCCAAGUAAAUUGCAAUUCUAUCACACCUGUAACUAAAGUUGCAUUUGAAGCAUUACCAGAGCUAAGUGCUGAGGAUAAAUAUUCGAAUGUAAGAAAUUUUUUCUGCAGUGAUGAUUCUUCAGGUACCUCAACAAAUAGCUUUGAUGAUGAUUACGAUGACUUCAAGUCUGCUGACAGUAAACCAAGUGAUGACACCAGCCAGUUCAGUACUUCUGAGCAGUCCGAGGGUGAGGACUUUAAAGCCCUCGAUCUUUAUGUUGACGAUUUUAAGAGCCGCCGAAAUAUGCAGCAGGUUCCCUCCCCAAAUUUAUCUUCCACGCGCAGAUCUUUUCAUUUAGGGGAUACCUUAUUUCCAAACAAUCCCCAAACCCCUCCCAAAAGCCCAAUUCCAACCACUACCCCACUUCCUUCUGGAGAAAUAGUUCCUCCUUUAUUAAGUAAACCCCCAGGAGCAAAUAAUUUAGCCAGCACUGUAAACGUUGGCUCAUUUGCCAACUUAAGUUCAAUAAAGGCACAGAAAGCAGAGGGAUGCACCGAGUUCAAAACGGCAGAUCUUAACGCAGUGGAAGAUGAAUAUUCUGACUUCAAAGCCGCGCCAAUAAUACAUUCUAUGAAGAAGGAGAUUGAAAUGGCCACCAACCAGUUAGACAAAUAUGCAGUCUUCAGGCAAUUAAACUACAUCGAGGACGAUUUACAAUCCAUGUCUCUCUCGAGUGCAUCAUCUACCUUGAACCAGAAGUCUGAUAGCACAUCAAAUGAUAGUAGACAAUCGGGUGACCAGAACACCACUGAGAAUUGGGCAGAUUUUCAAUCAGCUCUACAGCCAGCCGGUCAUGACCCCCAGUCCAAUAUUCCUCCUCCCUAUGACAUUGCAGUGAAGAACAGUGUUUUGGCAUCAAACGUAAAUCCUGUUGAUGAUGAUGAUCCUGGCUGGGCAGAAUUUCAAGUAUCAUCCAACAGCAGUCUGAAUAACUGGGCGGAUUUCACUCAAAUGGCACCAAAUUCGGGUGAAAACACUUCGAUUCAUCCACCAAAAGUUGGUUCGUCAACAAAUUCUUUCUCAGAAAAAAAGCAAUCAGUUGAAUCUGAUGGAAGCAAUUUUGAUGUUGAGUCUGGUAAUUCAGCUAACAGCAAUGGAUCUUCUCUUGUGACUAUUGUGAAAGAUAAUUUACAGAGAAGAGAAAUAUUGAGUCUCUUCAAAGUGCGGGAGAACGUGCCUCGAGAAAAUACUAUAAGCCAUGAAGACACAUUAACUAGAAAUGAUGGUGUCGAAGGCACUAAAAGAAAUGCCUCAAAGAAGGAAAAAGCAAAAGUGAAACUAGACAAUUCAGCUGGCUCUUCUCAAAACUUUCAACAACAGCCUUCAGCAAUUUCUGCAUCUAAUGUCAGUCUGAAUCUUUCAUCUGAAAUCGAUUUAUUCCAUGAGCCACCUCCACUUGAUGAUUCCGUUGAAGGAGAAGAUGAGUUUGGUGGUUUCUCUCGUGGUAUUGAUAGUUUUGAUUUCACUGAAAGAACUGGUUUCCCAGCUUCUGUCCCAUGUUCGAACUUACGACCAGGACCGGUGCACAUGCCGAAAGGUCGAAAUGUUGAAGCUUACUCAAGUGAAAACCAGUCCACAUGCCAACCUGGUAACUUUGAUUUUGCUGAUGAAGAUAGUCAUUCUUCAAAGGACACUGAUAGUCUGAGCUGGCAGGAUAACAACAAGUUCCAGAAAGAAGAUUCGCAGUCUGUGUCAAGUCUUGAACUCAGUUACAAUUCGGCUGGACGACAAAAUCAAAGAGAUCCUGACAUGGCCGCUGACAGCCAAUCGGUGUCUAGUUCAGAAUUUCCAGCUUUUGAAACUUUACAGAAACAAGAAACCACUCUUGAAUCUAAAUCUCUUGACAGUCUUGAAUUUAGAAAUGAUGACCAGGGAUGGGGUGAAAUUUGUGAUAAUAACGGAGAGAAUGUGCCGGAUGAUAAUAAAAAUAGGUGUGUUCAAAACCUUACUGCUGAAACUCCUGUUGGAACAAUGCCAACAUUACCUCAACCUGUGCCUCCUCAAACAGUUGUAAACAAAGAGAACUUAAUAGCAAGGGAUAGAUACAGCAGUGUUAUUCAAGAUGUCCAAGGAAGUGAACAUCACUGUCAUGAAUGGACCAAAUGUUUGGAUAAAUGUUACCAGACAUCGUGUGUGUGCAAUGAAGUAAUUAAGUCAUGCCAAGGAGCUGACUACAUUAUGGCUAUUAUUGAAAUUUAUCGAGUUGUCUGUAAAAUAACAGUUACAAUGAGAAUGUCAGUGCUAACAAAUGAACGCCUUGAGACAUUACUAAAAGACAUUGACCUGGCCUGGAACAAUUUGGCAGCUUUUCUCAGUGCCAGUUCUUUAUUGUCGGAAGUGAGUUCCUUUAAUUAUACUUCAGCUGUCCUUAAAACUGAUGACACAGCUUCUCAGCUGAAAGCUUGUGGUGUAUGUCUUCUAAAUGUCGAUGUUUUCGAUCGCAUUUCAAAUGACAAUGAACGAGCUGCAAAACUGACAUACAGUGGUCGCCAGUAUCAUACGACAUGCGCCAAUUUCUGGGUAAACUGUGUAGAUUCCAUGUUGCCAGCACUGAAACUGCCUCAACUAAUCUGAAGUCAACUGAAAACAUUUAGAGGGAACUUUUAUUUAAAUGUAUCUAAUUGAUCUUAAAAGUCAUUAAUUUAUCUCGUAAAUAUUUAAAAAAAAAAAAGCAAAACAAAACAAAAUACAAUUCAUUUACUUUGAAAAGUGUAUUGUAAACAGAUAGGUGACCUUUGAUUCAAUCAGCUGUCUCCAGAGUAGAAGAAAGAAAAAAAAAAAAACAUUGUUAUUGAA